GUUCGGGAUAACCCGUGCACGAAAUUUUUUAACCAAAUGGCAAGCCGAGGAAAUCGAAUGGAAAUUCGUGGGUGGCUCCGUGCGCCCUUUUUGGUAACACAGCCUUCGGGUUUUUUAAAGCGCUUCUGAACGAAAGCUGCGUUUUUUAAGCCAUCUCUCUCUCUCGGAGCGCUCCGGAGAUCGAUAUUAGCUCAGCGCUACGAUUCUCUCCUCCUCCUUUGUCCCCAGUGCUACCCUCUUGGAUCCGCUAUCCGGCUUGCGAACCCUAGAGAGGACGAGAUCGGCCUUGAUUCCUGGCUUCCAGAUCCGAUUCCGGCGAUCGUUUUGCCUUGAUGUGUGGAGCGAUUCUAGGGUUCGGGAACGGGAGGUAGCGCGCGACGAUGGGGUCCAGCCAAGCGGCGGUGACGUCUCCCUUAUCGUCCGAAGGCGACGACCCAUUAAUCUCAGAACUUCGUAAGAAGCAUCAACUAGAACUCGAAAAUUUAACGUUGAUCAUGCAGCCUUCGAGGACUUUAAAAUUUUUCGUUUUUGCUACUGUGCAAAAUCUGAAAAAAUCACUUCUAUAUAUUCUGAGGAAAGGUGGUUGCUUUAAGGUCUUGAGUAUCCUGAUAGCAGCUCUUGGUCUUAUUCUCAUGGCUGUUGAUGGCCCUCACGAAAAGCAUGUCCAGGAGUUUCUUUGCUAUGCCAGAUUUGGCUUGUGGUGGGUGGCACUAGGUGUGGCAUCAUCUAUUGGUCUAGGAUCUGGUUUGCACACAUUUGUGCUGUACUUAGGCCCCCAUAUUGCCUUAUUUACAAUUAAAUCCAUGCAAUGUGGUAGAGUUGAUUUGAAAAUUGCUCCAUAUGAUACCAUACAGCUGAAGAAAAGACCCUCAUGGCUUGAAAAGGAUUGUUUAGAAUUUGGACCUCCAUUGUAUCCAUCAUCACCUAGUUCUCUAGUUAGGGUUCCAGUCAGCAGAAUACUUCCUCAGGUUCAACUAGAAGCUGUUCUUUGGGGCAUUGGUACUGCACUUGGGGAGCUUCCUCCUUACUUUAUCUCCAGAGCAGCACAUUUGUCAGGAGGUAAAUUGGAAGCCAUGGAGGAACUGGAUGCUGCUUCCUCAAAGGAAGAUGGAUGUGUAUCUUCAUCUCUAAAGCAAAUUAAACGCUGGCUUGUUUCUCACUCGCAACAUCUCAACUUUUUUACAAUUUUAGUACUUGCCUCGGUGCCAAACCCACUUUUUGAUCUUGCUGGUAUCAUGUGUGGACAAUUUGGAAUCCCAUUCUGGAAGUUCUUUCUUGCAACAUUGACUGGAAAGGCAAUCAUUAAGGCUCACAUACAGACAGUUUUUAUCAUCUCCGUAUGCAAUAACCAACUUUUAGAACUGGUGGAAAACAAGUUGAUCUGGAUUUUCGGUGAGGUUCCUGCAUUCUCUGUUAUGCUGCCUGACAUCAUUGCCAAAUUGCACAUGGUCAAGGAAAAAUUUUCCGUGCCUGCUUCAGCUCCAGACCCCUCAAUUGUGAAGGGAAAGCAGUGGAAUCUUAGCUUCACCACAAUCUGGAAUACUUUCAUAUGGCUAAUGCUAAUGAACUUCGCGGUUAAGAUAGUGCAAUCUACUGCUCAGAAAUAUUUGAAGAAACAACAAGAAUUAGAGUUGACUGACAGGUUAUCGAGAUCAACACGAUCCAGUGCUGAUUAAGAUGGCAUCUGCCAGCACCUGUUUUGAGACUUCUAGUUUUUUGCCAGACUAAUCAGCUACAGUGGAAGCGAUUUUACUCAAUCACUGAAGCUUGCCAUUGGUCUCCCCGUAUUUUUGUGUAUAGAGAACGAUGAUGGAAAUAUUUAAAUUGAUAGAGGCAGGUUUAUUUUGACUUCUUGGGGAGGGAAAUUUUAUUGUGCAUCGCAUCGGUGCGCUUUAUGAAUUGUUCACAGCGAAUUAUUUGAUUACCCUUCAGGAAAUCCAAUAGAAGUUAUUUGCUUGUGCACGAGUCUCA